AUGGCGGAGGCGGCGACGGGGGCGGUGCGGGUGGAGAAGGUGCGGGGGAGGUCGGCGCUGACCCGCUGCUUCGCCAGGUACCCGCUCAAGCUCAUCGCCCCGUCCAAGGUGGGCCCCUACUCCUGCGACGCGGUGUGGCUCUACGCCCUCACCUACGGCGGCGGCAUCGUCUCCGGGGACACCAUAUCGUGCACGGUCAGCGUCGGCGACGGGUGCACGGCGGCGUUCACCACGCAGGCCUCGACCAAGGUGUACAAGGCUGUGGGUUCAAAAUGUUCUGAACAGUUGCUAGAGGCCAGAGUUGGGGAAGAUGCCCUGCUUGCUGUUAUUCCAGACCCUGUAACCUGCUUCUCAACCGCUCGGUACCACCAAAAGCAAGUUUUUCAAGUCUCUGCCAAUUCAAACCUGGUAGUUGUAGAUUGGUUUACAAGUGGCCGUUAUGAGAGUGGAGAAAAAUGGGAUUUUAGCUUCUACAAAAGUGUCAACCAUAUUUUCUUGGGAGAUCAGCCUCUCUUUAUUGACUCGACUUUAUUGGAACAAGGCUCGAAUUAUAGCAUUGCUGAACGGAUGCAGGAGUACAAUGUGAUUGUGAUGGUCGUGUUACUGGGGCCAAAGCUGAGGCACAUACAAGACAAGAUGCAAGACGAAAUGAAGAAGCUGAUGUCCGGGCAACUGCGCCCUCCCACAUCCGGCGGUAGCCUCUACACUAUGAGAUCAAAACCUCCCCAGCGUCCACAAAGGCCUCCGCUCAUCGCCUCUUGCAGCCCGUUCGGCCGCACGGGAACAGGCAUGGUUGCUCGGGUAGCCGCGGUGAGCAUGGAGCUCGCGUACAGCUUCUUGAGACACCAUCUGGCCGCGCUGGAGCCGUUCCUUGGUGCUUCCCCUUAUGCCGCGUCAUGA